CGGGCGCCGCCAAGUGGUCGCGGGACGCUCUUGGCUCGGAGGACUGCGGUUGGACUGUGCGCGCGCUCUUUAGCGUUGGAGGAGUGAGUGAGUGAGUGAAGAGCUGCAGAUGCUUCUGGGUGUGGCCUGUGACCGGUGUGGGCGGCCGCGGUGAAGAUGCCGGACAAAGACGGUUUGUUUGUCGGUUGCGGCAGUGGUGGGGACGAGGCCAGCCAGAGCUCGGACGACACUUGUCGCGACUUUCUGCGUAACGUGUGCAAGCGCGGGAAGCGCUGCAAGUUCUCGCACCCGGACAUCAGCCAGGUGGGCGACCUGGGCGUCAAGAAGAACGAGUUUGUCUUCUGCCACGACUUCCAGAACAAGGAGUGCGUCCGCGUCAACUGCAAGUUCAUCCAUGGCACCAAGGAGGACGAGGAGCACUACAAGACACGGGGAGAGCUCCUGCCUCACCUCCGGCUCACCGUGGCCGCCGGCCUUGGCCUCUCUCCCUCCGACCUGUCCUUCAAGAAGGGCGAGAUUCCCAUCUGCCGCGACUACCUGAAGGGAGACUGUCAGCGAGGCAACAAGUGUAAGUUCCGGCACCUGAAGCGGGACGAGUACGAGCAUGAGGCCAGGGCGGUGGAGAGGCUGGUCCGGGACCCGACGCUCUCGCCGCUCGCACGACGCUACGAGCUGCUGGAAGAGCUUUACGACACUGAUCGCUUUGGGGAUUACGAGCUGGCGCUGAAGCGCAGGCGAGCGGAGGGUCUGCGGUUUGAGACAUACGAUUACGCCCUGUCCGCCCCGCGGCCCAUCGACUACCGGCUGCUGGACGAGGAGAACCUGGUGCUGAGGAAGCACAUGGAGGAACUGAAGAAGCAAGUGGCCAACCUGAUGUCCACCAACGAGGUGCUGCUGGAGCAGAACGCUCACUACCGUAACCAGACCAAGGUGGUGACGCUCACCACAGCGCCCAGCGUGUCCGAGCAGCCGCUGGUAGCACCCACCGUGGGCACCAUCACCAACUACAACCAUACCAUUGCCCAGACUCACACCACGCUGAGCAGUCAAGCCCUCCAGCCACGACCCGUCACCCAGCAGGAGCUGGUGGGCACCGGGGUCGCCCCCGGCAACGUCCAGCCCGGCAACGUCCCCCCUCCCCCCACCGGGCCUCACCUCAAUGCGGAGAUGGCUUCGCUCCCGGCCGCUCUGGCACAGAGCCUCGCUCAGGGCAUGGCCACCCCUGUCUCCCUGGCUCCCGUAGCUGUCUCGGUCGCUCCUGUGGCCGUUUCCAUCGCCCAGUCUCUGCCAGGAAUCACCAUCAGUCACACCACCACCCCAAUGGUUAGUUAUCCCAUCGCCUCACAGAGCAUGAGGAUCACCACCAUCCCACACUGAGGGAGGGGCCUCACCACACUGAGGGGAGGGGAGGCCAAGGCUUCAGGGGAAGGUUAGACUUCCUCAGCUAAACAGGAUUCUACCCCGUGUCUGAUUCUCUCUCUUCCUGUGCCCCCAGCCCCAUUACACAGCCACCACUGGCAAAUGAGUGCGUCACUUGGUGCUCAUGGGCGGGGUAGAGAUUGACAUGUGAACAGAUUUCUCUGAAAGAUGUCUGCAGCAAAUGAUCCCCCAGAAAGAAACUGCUGAACCAAACCUUCCCUGAUGGUUCGCUCCCCUUCCCUCACCCCCUCUCGGCCUCUGUCAUCGCCCGGUUUCUCAGCUCACUCAGUGUCUGUGCUCGAGCCGGGCUGUGCACAUUUCCUCUGCUCACCUUUCACCCUCGAUCCAUUCGCCUGUAAACCUGACAGCGACCAGCGAAGAUUUUCUUUCAAAGUACGCAAAUACUUUUUAAAACGAGGAUUUUUUCUAUUUGCAUAUUUUGGUUUCUUUCUCAAAACGCUUUGUUAAAUAUUUAUUCCACAUUAUCUUUUUCUUUCCCCAAAUGUGUCUUGCCCAGCGCCUUGGGACCUCUUCCUGAUGUGAAAGGUGCUGUGUAAUAUAAUUAAUAUAAUUAUAUUACUGUAAUAUAAUUUGUUUUUGUUACCAGCUUCGAGUAGUUAUUGCAACUGAGUUCCAUUAUUUUCAAAUCAUCAUGAAUUAUACUUUUAAUUUUUAUAUCUUAAUGCGUAAAUUCCAGCAAUUUGUAUUGGGAUGGGAUGAAAAUAUUGGAGUCAAAUUGUGUCCAGACUGAAACCAGUAGGUUAAGUCUCCUCACUGGGAAAAGCUGAUGGUAAAUAAUGUGUUCAGCUGGUGAACACAUUAUAGCUUGUUGUAGCUCACACCUUGCCCGCGGACUGGACGGGGGGGUCAGAGUGGUCGAGGAACACAAUACGACAUUGCGUGUGUGGGCUGGCAGUGAUGUGUGUCAGCGGGAGACUGACUGACCCUCGCUGUUGGGAUCAGAGCUUUGCUUCAACCAACACCAGGCCGGCUCAUCGCUGAAGCAAACAGACCCCGGCAGUGCUCGGUAACGUAUUUUACAUUGAGCUGUGAAACCAGCAGAAUAAACCAGUUUGAAAAGAGAAGUGAGUGCCUGGACAGUGUGU